AUGCUCUGUCACUAUUACUUGCAGUCGCCUUCGAUACAAUCCCUUACGAAAAGCAGAAGAAGUGAACAAUCUCAUAUGAGAAAGCGUGGUUUACGCUCAAUACUGAGUACAGCCUACGUUGCCUUCAACCUCGCUUCCCAUAGCUUGAUUUCA